AUGUGUGCACAUCAAGAAGCUUCCAGCGAUCUUCACACGGCACUACGCAACAGAUGCACAGAGACUGUAGUAACGGAGAGUUCAAUCACCGGCUGCUUGAUUAUAGCGGGAUUUCUAUCCGGUUUAAUUGUGUGCUCAGCGAUCUACAGAAAUGUAAGAUUGCGGUACACCAUUCACAUAUAUAUUUUAUCGUAUGCAAUUAUCGAUUUGGUGACAUCUCUUCUCGUUAUGCCGUUCACACUCGGCGCUCUUAUCAAAGGCGAAUGGGUGUCUUCCGAGUCCGCUUGCCAGUUUCAAGGCUAUGCUAUCUCGGUACUAGGCAUUUUCACUGUCCUUACCAUGACUCUGACCGCUUUUGACAGAUAUAUGGCCAGUUCACGCCUAAGUCAAUAUUGGACAUUCUUCAAACAAAGGCACAUCUGUAUUGUCCUUGCCGUUUUCUGGCUUUUUUCCUCCGCAAUUCCAUUGUCCUCUACCUUGGAUCGCAACGACUUUGUUUUUCACCCCGGUUAUGGCGUUUGUAGAAGCGAAGCCAAAAACGAAACUUAUCUUCGGGCGUCGAUUUUGAAAAUAGUCAUCUUUAUUGUACCUUCUGUUGUCAUUGCUAUAUGUUUCUACCGAGCGAAAUUAAAUAUUCAGCGGAGAUUCAAAGAUCCGAAACUUUGGGCUCAAGAAGGGCGAAUGGAAAAUUUAAAUGCUUGGAAAGACGAAGAAAACAAAACAAAGCUUCUAGCUGCUUUUAUACUAGGAACUCUUUUUUUCUGGGUCCCUGGUUACGCUUGCGACGUUGCCGACGCAUUCACAAACGAAAAGUUUCUCCCGCGCUCAAUCUAUUUGUUGAGCACGUUUCUCUUCAACGUCUCACAUUGCGUGAAACCGCUAAUUAUUGCGGCCAUAGAUGGAGACUUUGCCACGGAAUUUAAAAGAAUCCUCAAAUUUCGCAAAAUCAGGAGAGUUGUCGACGUAAAUGUGCAAGGAAACAAGCUUGGAGGAGAUCCAAAGUUUAUGCCGGAAACCAGGAAGUAUUAUUGCCAAACGGAAGAAGAUGAUGAUGCAAAUUUGACUAAGGCGAACGAGUCCAAUGUGUGA